AGUGCGGUUUAUAUGCAGCCAAAUUUCCUGAAGUACAUAAUCAACCAAGAAACGAACUCGCAGCGACCCCCUUUUCUAUUCGUAAUCUAUCACUCUACUCCGUCUUCUUCUCCGACGCAGUGCUGUUUAAGCAACCACUUCCAUGGGCAAAAAAUUAGACCCAGGAUCAUACGAUCCCCUGAUUUUGCCAUCCUUCAUCUCUAAUCCCGAUCUCUUUCAGUUUCAGUGUUCCAAUCGCUAUUACCAUCGCCAAUAUAUUUCCAUUUGUUCAAGUUUCUAAAUCGCGCUUGCUUUUAUCGAACAGUCGGAGGGGAGAUCUUUCGAUCAUGUUGGAAAUUUUGUCAUGCAAUUGGCGAUUUCAUUUCCAGCACUCACGUCGAAGUGUUUUAGCGGUGGUUUCCGCUCACAAGGCCCUCUUCACUUUGCUCUGGAUUGUAGGGUUCUCCUCCUUGUUCUUGUGGCAGAGGAGCGCCGUCGAGGGGAUCCAGAUCUUCUUAUGGGCGGCUUGGCGCCCCCCUGGCACGGCGUUGCCGAUGCUUCGACCAGUGGUGUUCAACCUGACGGACUUCGGUGGGGUUGGUGACGGAAUCACGAUGAAUACUGAGGCGUUUAAGCGAGCGGUGGCUGCGAUCUCCAAGUUUGAGAAGCGAGGCGGGGCGCAGCUGAAUGUGCAGCCUGGACGCUGGCUUACUGCCCCCUUUAAUCUCACCAGCCAUUUGACCCUCUUUCUCGCGGAGGGUGCCGUUAUUCUCGGGGUUGAGGAUGAGAAUCUAUGGCCAUUGAUGUCUCCACUGCCAUCAUAUGGUUAUGGGAGGGAACAUAAAGGACCUCGAUAUGGAAGCUUAAUUCAUGGUCAAAAAAUUGUGGAUGUUGUUAUAACAGGUCACAAUGGUACUAUUGAUGGGCAGGGCAAAUCAUGGUGGACAAAAUUUCGCCGGAGAAGUCUUAAUUACACAAGAGGUCCUCUUAUACAAUUCAUGUGGUCAAAGCACAUAAAGAUUUCUAACGUAACACUUAUGAAUUCACCAUUCUGGACUCUUCAUCCUUAUGACUGUAAGAAUAUAACUAUUUCAAACGUUACAAUUUUGGCUCCUAUUUCUGAAGCUCCAAACACAGAUGGUAUAGAUCCAGAUUCUUGUGAGAAUGUGGUGAUAGAGGAUUGCUAUAUAAGUGUUGGUGAUGAUGGAAUAGCAAUUAAGAGCGGCUGGGAUCAGUAUGGAAUCAAAUAUGGGCAAUCUUCCACCAAUAUUGUAGUUCGGAAUGUCAUUAUUCGUUCUUUGGUUAGUGCGGGAGUAUCAAUCGGAAGCGAAAUGUCUGGUGGAAUCUCCAAUGUUACGGUCGAAAAUACACACAUUUGGGGUUCAAGACGAGGAGUCCGGAUAAAAACUGCCCCUGGGAGGGGUGGCUAUGUAAAGAACAUAUCUUACCAUAACAUCACCUUUGACAAUGUUCGUGUCGGGAUUGUCAUUAAAACCGACUACAACGAACACCCAGACGAUGACUUCGACCCCAAUGCCCUCCCCGUCCUUUCAAAUAUCACCUAUGAUGGCAUCCAUGGCCAAAGCGUGCGUGUCCCCGUGCGAAUCCAAGGCAGUGAGAAGAUCCCUGUUCAAAAUGUUACUUUCCACGACAUAUCAAUUGGCCUUACCUACAAAAAGAAGCAUAUAUUUCAGUGUUCUUUUGUCGACGGCCGUGUGAUAGGAUCCAUUUUCCCCGUUCCCUGCGAGAAUCUUGACCGUUAUGAUGAAAAUGGACGGUUGGUCAUGCGCUCGUCAUCUCAGAAUGUCAGUGAUAUCGAUUAUGAUAUCUGAGAAUAUUUAAUGACCACUGGCUCUAUGUUACUCG